AUGGCCGGCGACAAGAUCCCGACUCUCCACUCGCUCGAGAAGCCAGAGCGGCUUCAGGACGUUUUGCGCCAGGACCGCGGCGACGACUGCUUGCCCUGCAAAGUCAUCGGUAGCGGUGCAUUCUUUGGUCUUGCAGCGUACAGCUACUUUUCGGGCAUGUCGCAGCUGGAGAAGCAGAGGGCUGUUAUCAUGCAGAGCAAGUCCAUUUUUGGCAUGAGGAGUCGCAAGUUUGGCAUCGUCACCAUCUCGGCCAGCCUUGCAUGGAUGGGCCUCUGGAGGGCAUUCAAAUGAGCCACUGUUGAGGAUUUGACGACUCUGCCCGCGAUCGUGAUGUUUUCGCCUCUACAGAGUAGGAGCCAAGCCGUCAAGUCAGAUGCAGUCCGUGGACGACCAGCGAAGGCAAGAUGAAGGCG